AUGGCGGGACCGUUGCUUCGAAUCACCCCCGAGAAGGUGAUAGAGUUUCCUGUGGUUCUCUUCAGUUCGUCCACUGUCGAGUUGCAUCUGGAAAACACUUCCGACACGUUUGUCGCUUUCAAAAUCAAGACGACGGCUCCCAAGAGUUACCUCGUGCGGCCGUCGACCGGUGUCAUUCCGCGUGGCGGCAAAGAAGUCGUUCACAUCGUCCUGCAGCCGCUCUCCGAAGAGCCGACGCGUCCGUGCAGCGACCGCUUCCUCAUUCAGUCCACAGCUGUGACCUCCGACGCGCCGCUGGCGCGCGACUACUGGCAAACACUCGACAGAGAUCAGAUCGAAGACACUCGGCUGUCUGUCGUCUACCGCACCAGCGGGUCCGGCGGCGACCACGUGGGCGGCGCGGGCAUGGGCUCCGCCGACGGCGCAGGCCCCACUGGUCGCAGUGGCGGCUAUGGCGCCGCCAGCGGCAGCCAGGGAGGCAACUACUCUGCAGAUCUGAAGAGUCGCUACGACCAGCUGGUCGAGUAUGCGUUGGCCUUGGAGCGCCAUAAAGACGAACUCGUCAAGGAAAACGAAGCUCUCAAGGCGCAGAUUGGCCGCAAAGGCGCCGCGCAAAAGAGCGGCGGCAUGGGCAUGUUUGAGCUGUGGCACAUUCCCGUCUACAUUUUCAUUGGCGUUGUAAUCUGGUACUUCUUCGGAAGAACUGCUGCGACGGUCGCCAACUAA